AUGUAUGAGCUGCUGCCAUGUGCGCGCAGGGCCUUGCUGGGGUCUCUGGAAACUGCACUCUGCGAUUUGAAGUCAAUAAAGGGAACCUGCCAUAAUUUUUGUACUGUUUAUAAGGAUGUCACUUACAAAGAACUUAAAAACCUGUUGAGUUCCAAAAAUAUUAUGCUAAUUGAUGUUAGAGAGAAAUGGGAAAUUCUUGAAUAUGGAAAGAUUACUGGAUCUAUCAAUAUACCAUUGCAUGAAGUAAGUGAAGCUCUACAGAUGGACUCAAUAGACUUCAAAGAGAAGUACCAUGAAGUAAAGUGAUCCAAAUCAGAUAGUCUAGUGUUUUCCUGUUUAGCAGGAGUAAGAAGCAAGGCAGCUCUGGACACAGCAAGAUAUCUGGACUUUAAUAGUGCUAAACAUUAUGCUGGAGGAUGGAAGGAAUGGGUAACCUAUGAAUUUUCAGAGAAGAAACAAGGAAAUUAAAUUUUGGAAUGCAAGUUCUUUCUUUGUGUACAUGCAGC